UGUCCAGACCCGGGGCCGGCGGCGACAGUGAUGAAGACAAGCACGGCCUGGAAGACGGUGGAAGACGCCUAGAAGAGGAAGAAGAGGAGUCGAACGACGAUAUGAAACCGAAGAAGUCAGCGUUAGAUUACAUAUGACACACAAAAGCUAAGUACAUCUUUGCCCGCCAGAUACGAGAUACCCCCCGCGACAACCACCGUCCAUUACGUUUCGUUCAGCAGAUAGAGACGUGAGAGAAGGUCAGGGAACGAUCGAGUGGAUUCUUCACAACAAAUUCUGGACAAGUCCGAGAGCGACGAUGGCGGCGGCAGCUCCCUGGAUGGCGUUGUGGGUGGCAGCACCAGUGUAGAUUGGUGGGCUGGUGGCAGUUGGGCCGGUGCUAGUUCCAGUGCGAGUUGGGAGAGUUCCAGUGGGCUUAGGAGCGCCGGUAGAGUGAGAGCCGCCGGUGGGAGGGGUGCUGCCGGUAGGAUAGGGGGCGCCGGAGGGCUUGGUGUUGCCGUUGCCAUAGGUGGGAGGGAGCUCGACAUUGUGCUGUUUGGCACACUCCUUGGGGUCAAGUCCCUGGAAAGCGGUUAGCAGCCUGCUUGUCGAUAUAUAUAUAUAUAUAUAUACCACAGAGUACCACUCACGUGGGGCAGCAGUAUCCCUUGGUCAAGCAGAAGCUUCCACUUGGGCAGGGGUCUAUCAGAUGGUCAGCAGGUGUUUGAUAUCAGGAUGAAAUGGCUCAAAUUCAUGGACAUACAGCCUUCGGAGCAGCAGACAUCACCCUCAGUUGGGUUGUAGCAGACCUUGCUGUUGGCACACAGCUCGUAUCCAGCACCAAAGGCGUCCACACAGUUCUUGCCGUGGCCCUGGGUGGUGCCAGGAAUGAACGAAGAGCCACCGCUCUGACGGGCACGGAGUUCACGGAGAGCCUUCAUGGUAUGGGGCUCAACCUUGCGCCAUUCUCCCUCAUCGGCCAUGACACCGCUCACGAGGAGGGCAGCAAGAGCAAAGAUACCAGUGCGCAUCUUGACGAAGAUAUGAAUUAAUUGAUUAAGAUAUUAGAGGGUAUAAAGAGGGUAUGUGCUGAUACUUUUCUUGCUUGCUAGCUUGGAACAAACGAAUGACUGAUUCUGAGAUGGGGAAUAGGUAUAUAAAUCCCCCUGACGGGCCUCGAGCUCCCUCUUAUACGUCUCACCUUUCCUCCAUGGGCUUGGGCGGCUGAAACCAGGCAAAAGGCAGACGAGCUGUUCACCUCCAUGAACAAAUUGCUUAGGUUCAGCCAUUCGCCUCCGUAGCCAGUACCAUCGCAGCUGGAAACGAGUCCUGGUCCAUAUGUCAAUGUAUUUGUUUACCCCUUUUCACCCUUCAGGCU